UUUAAACAUCUUCAGAAUGAAGAAACCUUGUCUCAGUCUAGCCCUCUGGGGCUUUCUGACUAUCAAUUUCCUCUUCUCUAAAUCCUCUCAGCAACCCAUAGCCCCUCGUUUUCCCACACCAAAUCCUAGACUACAUGAUGCUUUCUUAGCCCUCCAAGCUUGGAAACACGCCAUCACCUUUGACCCCAACAAUUUCACCAGAGACUGGUUUGGCCCUCAUGUGUGCAAUUACACUGGCGUUUACUGUGCACAAGCCCCAGAUGACAAUCUCACCAUAACGGUGGCCGGAAUAGACUUAAACCAUGGAAACAUAUCCGGUAUCUUGCCUGAUGAGCUAGGCCUCCUCACAGAUCUCUCUCUCUUCCACAUAAACACAAAUCGUUUUUGCGGUAAUGUACCUGAAACCUUCAAAAAGAUGAAACGUCUUUAUGAGCUUGAUAUUAGCAACAAUCUUUUCAGUGGUCAGUUUCCUUCUGUUGUUCUUUCUUUGCCUUCACUCAAGUUUCUUGACAUCAGAUUUAAUCAAUUCAGUGGCAAUAUACCCUCAGCCGUGUUUGAUUUAACACUUGAUGCAUUAUUUAUCAACAACAACAACUUUCAAUCAUCUUUACCUCAGAACCUGGGGAACUCUAAUGUAUCAGUACUUGUCUUGGCAAACAAUAACUUCAACGGGUGCAUACCGCCAAGUUUGACAAAAAUGGCAGGGACCCUUCAACAAAUCAUUCUCUUGAAUAUGAGUCUGACGGGUUGUUUGCAGCAAGAUUUGGGUUUGUUCACAGAAGUGACAGUGUUUGAUGUCAGCUUUAACAACUUGGUGGGGCGGCUACCAGAAUCCAUUGGAAAAAUGAAGAAAUUGGAGCAGCUGAAUGUAGCUCAUAACAAGUUUUCAGGUUGUAUUCCAGAGGGCAUUUGCUUAUUGCCCAAGUUGGAAAACUUCACAUACUCUUAUAAUUACUUCUAUGGGGCACCGCCAUCGUGCCUCAAGUUACAGGAUAAAGAUGACCAGAAGAACUGCAUUUUUGAUAGGCCAAAUCAGCGACCAAUUGAAGAAUGUAAGGCAUUCUAUUCCUUUCCCCUUGAUUGUGCUGCUACUGGUUGCCCAGUAAGUCCUCCUCCUCCUCCUCCUCCUCCUCCUCCUCCUCCACGUCCACGUCCACCUCCACCACCACCUCCAUCUCCGCUGCCACCGCCACCAAAGCAUCAUUCUUAUCAUCCAUGACCAGCAGAAAGAUAAGAGCUCGGCCGCCAGACAACAAUAAUUCAUCUUUUGUGAUGCUGAUGUAUUAAUUUACUAGUUUGAAACAGAACAAAGGGAGGGGAUAUUAAUUU